AUGGAGGUGCCGCUGAUCCCAGCGCCCCUCACGGGGAUUCCCUUCCUGAAGGCGUCCCACGUUCGGUUGGGGGCUGAGCGCUGGGCGCCGGGAAGCGCCUGGCAGCCAUUUUCUCACACCCAGUUCCCCCCUUUCUCGGGGUGCUCGGAAACUCGCCUGGCGUUCCCAGAGAGGCCCCUGCAGCCGGUGACCCCGUUUGUUCGCCCAGAGUCGCAUGUCCGCAUGCACACAGACCCCCACAUCCACGUCCUCUCCUCAGCGACGAGGGAGAGCUUCCCCUGUCCCCACACCCCUCUUCAGAGACCCCCCCUGCCCACGGACAAGAAAUGGAAGGAUGAUAUUCCCUGUGGAGACAGAGAGAAAAUAAGGCUCCCUCCAUCCCUCUACGCCUUCUCGUACCCAGCACAUGAGAUCCAGCCCGCUGCCAGGCCAUGGCAGUCGCGCAGGGGAUGGAGCCCCGCUGUGGAAGGGGAUGGACAGCCCUGUUACCACACUUCUUACCAAGCACAGUUUAAGGGUGAAUGGAGUCUGCCUGCAAAGCCAAGCGAAAAGCACACGUCUUCUAUUAAAUUUGGGGAUCCCAGAAGCGGUGGAUCUAUGAGCGAGCAGAAACACACCUACAGAGCCCCAGACAAGAGGACACACAGAGUCUAUGACAAGGCAUGUGCUGCCUCCCAGAUCCGCCGCACGAACCUGCAGCUGGGGGAUGGUCUCACCAGAUUCUCCACCUCGACGUCAGAGCUCUUCCCAGUCCACAGUCUAGAGCCUGUGACUCUUAUCCGUCCAGACAAAUACACCUCAUCCAUCCCCAGAGGUGACGAAGACCCUGAGAGAAAUCAAGCAUUGGCAAGAACUACUACUACACAGCUCUCCUACCCCGAGACUGACAGGUGGAACCUCGCACUGAAGCCCGACUUGCUCCUUCGGGAACAUCGAAGCAACGUCUGCCUGGGAGACGAGUGUUCGGGCUCCUGUUUCUUCAGCACAACGCAGCAGUCGGACUACCAGCCGCCCUGCCGGAGCCAGAGGGUGAUGGCAGACGGCAAGAGCCACCGUCAGAGCCACAUCCCCUUCAACUACCACGCCGGUGAAAGUUCUGUCACAACCACGCAGGCCAUGCUGGUCCCACACAGACAGCAGAAACAAUGACUUUCCGAAGAUGUGCUACAGCAGAUCAAAUGCUCCCACCUGGGGCUACCCUGGAGGGCGCAGGACCUCUUCAGGGCUGAGCAGAAAGAUGAGUUCAUGCCCAAGUCCGGAGGCCCAGCAGAAAUCCAAAAGGCAAACUCCCAAGUGAGCUGCGUCCCCCUGGGGACCCUGAAAGGAUACUGUCCCCGGAGGAAGGUGCUCUUCACACCAUGA